AUGGGACGGUCUCAGGUCAAGUAUCGCACGACGCAUGGACGCGGACGAGGCCGAGGGAGAGGACAAGGCGACAGCACAGGAGGACGUACUGGAGCAUCGAAGAGAGAACAACCUUCUCACUUGCGAAAUCUGGAGUCAAAUGCGUAUCGCUUUGAGGAGCACGAGACACAAGACGAUGAAAAAGUGACAAAGGAGCCGUCACAAAGCGGACGGAUGCAAUUUUUUGCCUCCGAACAGCAAUACAGAGAGAAAACAGGAUGUACAAGUGGUGACUAUUUUCAGAGUCGUGUGAUGAGGCAGUGGGAGGAAAAAAACGACGCUGUCAAUGAGAAUAAAGCUGUUGAAUUGCUGGACUUGAACUGGAUUGCUGCACAAUUGGAGUUUGUUCCUCCGGAUAUUCGAUACCGGAUGGAUCCGAAGUAUUGUACUGACUUACCAUUUAAGCCACAAGAUGAAGAUGAUCGGGAAUCGGAUCAACACGUUGCUAUGAAUGCUGCAACUCCUGCCACAGUUCCGUCGAAACUUGUGCAAGGGGAUGAGGAGUUGGACUUCUUGCUCAAUCUGAGUGUAUCGACAUCCAGUGAAGGUAAAAAAACUGCUGCACCGUCAGUUCCUUUGAGCACAUCACCAACUCCAACAAAAUCUGCGGGUGAAAGUGAACAGCUUGAAGAAUGGCUGGACGAUGUGCUGGACAUGUAA